AUGCGCUUCACAAUCGACCAGAAGCACGGAAUCCCCCUAGUCCAGAUGAUUUGGUCCAGUGUCACAGACAAGCUUCCUGGGGAAAGUCUUGGUCCCGCCAUGGCGUCCGGGACCUCGACGAUGCCCAGAAAUUUGUGCCAUUGUCUGACGUCUGCCGAGCCACUGUUGACAACGACAUUUGAAGAUUUCGUAGGGCGCCCCUGUGCAGCAAUAGAGCCGAGCGAUCAACGGGAAAUCGGCAAGGAGGACCUUGGUGACGGCAACGGAUGCAAAAUCUUGCAAAGAAACCACUUGUUCCCCGGCAAAUACACCAACCAUGACCCGCCAAAUGACAGGCUUUGCUAUGGCGUGCGAAUUGGGGCAGCGGAGCUCUGCCAAAACCCCGGAAAUACGGUCACUAAUCAAGGAAUCCCCGUAAUCGACAUGGCAAAAAUAUCUGUACCGCAAGACCGAGUCUCCAUUGCUUAG